CACAGCUUUCUGGUAAACAAUGUAAUGAACGUAAGGUUGUAGGUUCGCAAAUGAAAGAUUAUCCCAUCUCCUACACGAUACAAAUAGUUCCAAUAAAAUUCGUAUUUACAUCAAGGUAAUUGGCGCGGUUUUUGAAACUUCGUGGAAGCAAUGUCAGUUGGGAUACCUAUCAAAGUUUUACACGAUGCCGAGGGACAUGUCGUUACUCUAGAAACUGUUAGCGGUGAAGUUUUCCGUGGAAAACUUGUUGAGGCGGAAGAUAAUAUGAAUGUUCACAUGUGUGAUCUAAUAAUGACUUCCCGUGACGGUCGUACAUCAAACCUUCAACAGGUAUAUAUUCGAGGCAGUAAAAUUCGAUUCCUUAUCCUUCCUGAUAUGCUGAAAAACUCACCGAUGUUGAAACGUCCACAGGGUGCUAAGGGAUUAGGAACGGGAAGAGGGAAGAAUGCCAUGUUAAGGGCUGGUGUUCGCGGGCGUGGCACUUUUGUUCGUGGACGUGUUGCAACUGUUCGUGGUACUGGAAGAACUACCGGCAGGUUUUGAUAUCUCCAUUAAUUUAUCGAGUAACUAAAUUUGUAUAUGCAUCAAAAUAUCCAUAUAUCUACAUCAUUCCGCAUGUCUUCUCACUGUUUGCUUCUCAUAUGUCGUUUGAUGUAAAGUUAAUGUCGAUUGCAUCUACCCUCAAAUCACCAAUAUAAACUUAGUUCGUGCAUACUGUUACCUAAUUGUCUGGUAUAUCAUGUGUUGUCAUAGUACAAUAAUGCUCAAUCAGUUACAGUGAGGCUAACUUAUGAAUCUUCGUGGCACCAGUGUGUAGUUAUAUUUGAGACUGCUUGAGAAUAUAUUUGAAUGCUUACUAAGCUGAAAAUUCAAAUAACAGGUUUCUUUUGAUGUACGAGUUAUACCAGCAUUAUCUUUAGCUGCUUAAGCUUUUAAUUAGUUUCC